GGGGACAAAAGCCGGGAAGAGGAAAAGCCCGGACCCUGCCACUAGGCUCCAGUCUGUGCCGAGGUGGUGGAGGCUGGGCCCGCUGGGGCCGGGUUGGGAGUGUGUGCGCCCACCGAGUGUGAGCCGGAGAUAAACUGAAACUACAGUUCUUUGAGUCUGCAAAAUUGGGAGUAGUUGUGACUGAAAAGCAAUUCACCAGAAAGGUUUAUUGAAGUAAAAAUGUCCAAAAAAAUCCAUGGCGGUUCUGUGGUAGAGAUGCAAGGAGAUGAAAUGACACGAAUCAUUUGGGAACUGAUUAAAGAAAAACUCAUUUUUCCCUAUGUGGAAUUGGAUCUGCAUAGCUAUGACUUAGGCAUAGAGAAUCGAGAUGCUACCAAUGACCAGGUCACCAAGGAUGCCGCAGAAGCUAUAAAGAAGUACAACGUUGGUGUCAAGUGUGCGACUAUCACCCCCGAUGAGAAAAGGGUAGAGGAGUUCAAGUUGAAACAAAUGUGGAAGUCACCAAAUGGCACCAUCCGAAAUAUUCUGGGUGGCACUGUCUUCAGGGAAGCUAUUAUCUGCAAAAACAUCCCCCGGCUGGUGACUGGCUGGGUAAAGCCCAUCAUCAUUGGGCGUCAUGCCUACGGGGACCAAUACAGAGCAACUGAUUUUGUUGUUCCUGGGCCUGGAAAAGUAGAGAUAACCUACACACCAAGUGAUGGAACUCAAAAGGUGACAUAUAUGGUGCAUAACUUUGGAGAAGGUGGCGGUGUUGCUAUGGGCAUGUACAAUCAAGAUAAGUCAAUUGAAGAUUUUGCACACAGUUCCUUCCAAAUGGCUCUGUCCAAGGGCUGGCCUUUGUAUCUGAGCACCAAAAACACUAUUCUGAAGAAGUAUGAUGGGCGUUUCAAAGACAUCUUUCAGGAGAUCUAUGACAAGCAGUACAAAUCCCAAUUUGAAGCUCAGAAGAUCUGGUAUGAACAUAGACUCAUCGAUGACAUGGUGGCCCAAGCUAUGAAAUCAGAGGGAGGCUUCAUUUGGGCCUGUAAAAACUAUGAUGGAGAUGUACAGUCAGACUCUGUGGCCCAGGGUUAUGGCUCCCUUGGCAUGAUGACCAGUGUGCUGAUUUGUCCAGAUGGCAAGACAGUAGAAGCAGAAGCUGCCCAUGGCACUGUGACCCGUCACUACCGCAUGUACCAGAAAGGACAGGAGACAUCCACCAAUCCCAUUGCUUCCAUUUUUGCCUGGUCCAGAGGGCUGGCCCACAGAGCAAAGCUCGAUAACAAUGCCGAGCUCAGCUUGUUUGCAAAGGCUUUGGAAGAAGUCUGCGUUGAGACCAUUGAAGCCGGCUUCAUGACUAAGGACCUGGCUGCUUGCAUUAAAGGUUUACCCAAUGUGCAACGCUCUGACUACUUGAAUACAUUUGAGUUCAUGGACAAACUUGGAGAAAACUUGAAGGCGAAGCUAGCUCAGGCCAAACUUUAAGGUCAAACCUGGGCUUAGGAGGACAAGUGUUUUGGUAACUAGGUCCACAGGUUUACUUUUUUUUUUUUUUAUAACACUCAAGGAUAAAGACAAAAAUCAAUUUUGUAAUUUUGUUUUGAAGACAAAGUUGAUCUUUUCUAUAAGUUUACAGUCUUUUUCUUUUUCAUAUAGUUAUUGCCACCUUAAUGAAUGUGGCAGGGAACUUUUUUAAAAACUGUAUUUUAUUUUGUAGGUGCAGCCUCGGCAUUACAUUGAUCCCCUUCACAGUGACUGCCCCUCUUUCUCUUGUUCUAAUAUAAAUGACCAAAAUCAGAAGUGCUUGAAAGGGUAAACAACACUAUUGUUCCCUAAAACAGGUGAGGAGGGAACCCCCUCACUGCCCCUGUGUCUAUGAGCAUGGGCACUGGGAGGUUUGGGAUCUGCCAUUGCGUGAGGCAGAUCUGUACAGUGAGCUCACACAUGACUAGAACAAAGAGAAUGAGCGUAGCUAAAACAUGUUGAGACUGCAGCCAUGUUUAUAAAGAGCUUGUUAUUAAGUAUGUCCAAUAUACUACAUAUUCUUGAGGCCAUGUGAGAGUUCAGAAUCUAGAGUAAAUACGGCUGGAGGCUUGCCCUCUGUGUCUUCUCUUUGUGCUCUGGCCUGGCCUGAGUAGUCUCCUGCCCUAAACAGCACAUUUCAUCUGUGUGCAAUAAUGUAAGCUGCACCUUUUUUGGACUUCUGCUGGCCCAUUUCAUUUCUUUUAUAUAAAUGUGAUUUUUCCAGAAGUUCAUGUUAAACACUAUCUCUGUUCUUCAUCUAAACUGUUAAUUUUAAUUAAAAUUAAGUACUAAUGACCCUU